AUGGAUCCACUGCCUACUUCUCAGAGUGUAGUUUUAACAGGAUACCACUUAAAUGAUGAUUCCACUGAUGAUUUCGUGAACAGCAUAAAGGAGGAGACAGAACGUUCUUCACCAGGUCGAAGAUGUGGACAGUAUAGUAUGAACCAAGCGCAUUCCAGAAACAUGGAGAAUCCUCAAUAUGAACGCUCCUACUCCCAGGAUUCUCUGGAUGAACUUUCCAUGGCUGACUAUUGGAAUGAAGUGGAAAAUAUCCAGACAACCCAGGAAAAUUGCCAGGAAGAGCAAGAAGAGGUGGCCGUGAAAGUGCCUGAUGAAGGGGAGGUGGAGGAAGAGUGGUUGAAGAAUGCUGGCCUUUCAGGACUAGUCAGCGGAGACACCCAGGAGAGUAUAGCAAUACUAUCGACUCUAACCAGUACGCAAGCAGAAGCUGUCCAGAGAAGAGUGGAAACAUUUACAAUGACAAUGAAGAAAAAGAACAAACAACAUUUCCCUGAUGUCAGGGACAUCUUUAGUCCACAGGCCUCAAGUACAAAUGAAGUAUCAGCUGUUGCAACUGAUGGAGAUGAAAGAGAAGACACUGCUGAGAAAAUAGAAGGGCAGCUGAACAAUCUGGCUAUUAAGGACGAAAGCAUCCAGCACACAGAUAUCAAUUUAGAAAUAUCUUACUCUGAACAGGCUGCAAAUACGAAGGAUAAAUCAAACAACGAAAAUCCUAUACGAGAGGAUGAUUCACCCCUGCCUAACUAUCGGCUGCCAAAGGAAAAGACAGGUACGACGAAAGCUGGAGAUCUUGCACCUCAGGACAUGAAGAAAGUUCAUUCUUUGGCUCUGAUUGAAAUAACAGCUCUGUAUGAUACUCUUGGUGUGGAUUUUAAACAGCAUAAAGCAAUGAGGGUCAAAAUUAGAGAAAUGGGAUUGUUUGGGGUUCCACUUUCAGUGCUAUUGGAACAGGAUCAGAAAAAAUUUCCAGGAACCAAGGUCCCACUCAUACUUCAAAAACUUAUUGCUCACAUUGAGGAAGAAGGGUUAAACACGGAAGGGAUUCUACGAAUACCUGGACUUGCAUCAAGAAUUAAGAGUCUACGUGAGGAGCUUGAAGCAAAGUUCUAUGAGAAAACCUUUAACUGGGAAAAUGUCCGCCAGCACGAUGCAGCAAGUAUACUAAAGCUCUUCAUAAGAGAGCUGCCACAUCCAUUGGUCACUCUCGAGUACCUUGAUGCUUUCCUCGCUGUUCAGAAUCUAGCACAUAGAAAACAUCAGCUACAGGCACUUAACUUGUUGGUGCUUCUCCUUCCGGACCAAAAUAGGGACACACUGAAGUCAUUGCUUGAAUUUCUUCAGAGAUUAAUUGACAACAAGGAGAGCAACAAAAUGACACUAAACAACGUUUCCGUCAUCAUGGCACCCAACCUGUUUAUGUUUAAAGGAUGUUGCUCAAAGACUCAGUUAGCAAUGGCUGCUGGGACAAGCACCAUUAUGCGCUACUUGAUUAAAUACCAAGAACUGCUUUGGACGAUUCCAAAGUUUAUUAUGAAUCAAGUCCGACGACAAAACAUUGAACAUCACAAAAAGCUGUCCAAAGAAAAGGCUGUGAUGAAGCUCUUAAAAAAGAUGACGUAUGAUAAAGAUAAACAUGAACGGAACCAAACUGAUAAAAGCCUUCACGAUCCAGUCACACUUCAGGGUGUAAUACGAGUUCAGGCACCGUCACUUUCCAAAGUUUCCAUGGCAAUUCAACUAACAGAAGACCUCAAAGCCAGUGAUAUAUUGGCACGCUUCCAACAAUAUCUUAGUCAGAACAGCAGGAUUACUGAAUCUACGAACAAAGAGGAAGUUUGCUUGUAUGAAAUUGGAGGAAACAUUGGAGAACGCUGUCUGGAUGAUGACACAUACAUGAAAGACCUAUACCAACUGAAUCCAAAUGCUGAGUGGGUUAUAAAACCUCGGUGUCAAUGAAAUUGAUUUAUUAACAGAUGGGCAGCAUGAUCAGGAAACACUGGAUGCGAAUGGCCCUGUGCAGUAAGGGAAAUGAGACCAUGUAGUUAGACAGGCUCAUACUCCUUGUGCUGGAGUUUUAUUAUCGGGAGUUAUCCAGAAGAUAAUCAACCAUGUCUAAUUCACAACCAAAACUGAACUUGAAACAGGGACGGAUACCAAAAGAUCAAUUCCAUAUGUUGUUUUUUUUUGAAAAGUCAGGUUUAUACAUUAUGUAGAUGUGUCUACUUUUAAGGAUAUUAAUAUGGAAGAAAGAUUACUUUGAGAGAAGACCAUAAAAAGAAACUCCUGUCAAUAGAGUUGAAGCUUUGUUGGACAACAGACUACUCAAUAGCAGUGGUCUCAUUAAACUGCAUGCUUGUAUAACAACAGUGCAUCAUUGAUGAGCACUUAAUUGUUACAACCAUGCACACCGUGAUGGUAAAAUAUUGUUCACCGACACUCUAGCCCAUGAGCAAAGUGGUAGAUUAUGCGAUGACAGGAAAUUAAUAGACAAGAAGUCAAGUCUAACAUGAUUAAUCAGCUGAAAUUCACUCUCGUCAGUUCCUGAAGAUUGAAACUAAUACUCGGCACUUGUCUUUCCUGUGGCCUGCUCACCAUCUCUCUCCAAC